GGAGAACAUACCCCUCUUGGUUUUCCCAUUCCACGCGACGGCUUUUCCAAAUGGUUCUUUUCCUGGAGGCUCACUUCACGUCUACGUCUCCCCGCAUUCUUUGCUGGACGUCGCGCAUGCAGCGCAUCUUUCCACAACAAUGGACACUCCCGAAAUGAGCUUUGCGAGCGAGCGACCUUCAUUCCGCUGAACAUCCUCACUCAAUUGAUCUGUAGGAGCCAUUAGAUUGCGCAAAAGUUUCUAAAGUUUCUGGCGACGGGAAAGACCUCGUCGACUCUGCCACGUCCUGAGUGAGUCUCGCUUGGCUCUGUGCGGUGUAAGCAGAGAACAGCUGCGACCGAUUCUGAAACGGCACGGCUAGACAUAUACAAUGACGAAACGAAGCCCUUAACUUUCGGCGUCUAGAGGAUACUGGGAGCGCUGAACGGCUGCCGCCGUAAGCUUCGGCCUUGUCCUCUAUCCGCCUUCCAAAGGUCAUCUUGUUGUCGACCCCUAAACCGGUCGUGGAACUAUCGAUGGGCGAGUGCGAAAACAUCAACAAGGAACCGCACCGAGAUGACACAGCUUCCAGCGGCGAUGCAAGAGCGGUCAGCGUCUGUACACUCGAGUGCCGAGUCACCGGGUGUCGGCGGUGGUCGGGGAAACGACAAAGAGCAAGGCGAAGGGGGACGAAACGAAGACAUCGAAAAAGGGAGGACGACCACAAGCGAACCGCCGAGAAGGAAGAAGGAGAAGAAGAAGAAGGAACGUGUGAAAAUGCCGCCGAGGGAGAAAGUUUGCGACCCAGUGGCCGAUCAGCUUCUCAAAGAAGGCAAGACCGAAGAGCUCGAAAGAGAGUUCGUUGGCGCUGUAUACGACCGGAUCGCCACACACUUCUCCCAUACAAGAUAUAAACCGUGGCCAAAAGUCCGGACGUUUCUUGAGGGACUGCCCAAGUACUCCCUCGUCGUCGAUGUUGGCUGCGGCAACGGAAAGUAUCUUCAGUGUGUUCCCUGCGGUCCUACGUGUGCCUCCUCGCCCCGUUGCUCGUCUUCCCCACCGUCUCCUAGGACUUCGCGUUUGCCCUCUGAAACGCGUGCAUGCUGUUCAGCUACGUCUCAGCCGUCAUCUGCCUCGCCGUCUUCGUCUUCGUCGUCGCCAGGGCACCUUGUUGAUCCUGGGGAGUGUCUCCUCAUGGGGGUCGAUCUCUCUCGGCCUCUCCUCGAGUUGGCACAAGAAAAGGCACAUGCGCGUGGGCGACUGGCAGUGGCAACUUGCCUCAACACGAACCUUCGCGGGGGCAUUGCGGAUGCAGUGAUCUCCAUAGCGGUAACGCAUCACCUCGCGAGCGAAGAGCGUCGACUUCGCGCGAUCGAGGAGCUUUGCCGGAUUGCCCGACCUGGAGGUCUGAUUUUGAUAACCGUUUGGGCCGAGAGACAGGAAGAAUGUUCGAUUGGCGCUCGAGAGUUCAAGGGCAAAGAUGUCUUCGUCCCGUGGCAUCUUCAGAAGGCCCUAGAAACUCGAAAGCCGGUGGAUAACGCGAGGCCUCAGUCCGGUCGCGUUUCCACCGAGCCGAGCUACGAUGGUCGUGCGAGCGCCAGCGGUCCGUCACAAGAAUCCACCGUGACGCAUGCACGGAAGCUCUCGCCGGCGGAAAUCACUCGUGACGGUGCGGAAGUCCGGAGGGAAGACGGGCUCGGCAGAGAGCCCGAGACGCCUCUCCCAGAAGGCGGUUCGGGAUGUUCCAAGGUGAAUAAGAAAGAGGAGUCGAGCAACCAGGACGGGGGAAGCGAAGAGUCGAUUACAACCGUUCUGAGAUACUACCACGUUUUCAGCAGAGAGGAGCUCCUGAGCCUCUGCGCUCGCGUCCCAGGAGUAGAAGUUGUUGAGUGUUACUUUGACUCGAACAACUGGGGUGUCAUUCUCAGGAAACUCUAACCGCAAUUUUGUACCUCCUUUGUCCAACCAAAAACGGAAGAGAGAUAGGCAGAUGAGACUGGCGUCGAUGUGUAUUCACAAACAAACGGAUUCGUAAAGAGUCCGAGAGAAAGCAGUUGGCGUCAUGUACGCAGGCCCAGCGGUUAGAUUCUCAAGACGAAGAACUCGCUAGCGGACACUGCUCCGGUGUUGUGGCGCACCUGGGUUUGGGCUUUAGUUGCUAACAGGAUUGUCGCCGGAAGCCUAAAUUUUAACGGGAUGUGUUCCUUUUCAAAAUAAAAAAAGUUACCUGCGUGAGAUCGAAGGUCGCGGGUGAGGUCUAGAAACAUCGAACACCCGAGUGUUUGCGGCGAAACAGCUUUUCGCGGCAUGCGGAGGGUCGCAACAGGACGCAUUUUUUUAGCGGCUCUUCUACCACGGUGCCUCGUCGUCGUGGUUCUCUUUUUCAGUGUAGAAAUAAAGGAACUUCUGGUCCUCUUGCCGUCGCUGCAGACACCUCGCGCUUGAAAUGCGCGGAGCGUUCGCCGAGAAUGCCUCAAAGGAACUGUGCUUUAGUGAGGCCCUUGGUUCGGUGCGAGUCGUAUGGGAUUGCGCAUGCUCCAUUGAACGGCAGGGUAUCGACUACACUUUCUUGAAACCUAGCAAUCUUUGAAAGCACGAAAAGUUCACCAAAGUCAGUGUGUUUGCCGUUGUCGUCCUUCUAGCCGUAGGAACCUGC